CGGCUGUGUUUUUUUGUUUGUAUCCUCGGUUCCUGUCGCGUGAAACUCUCGAGGAAAAGGACCGGAGGGGAACGUUGUGCGCAAAAUGCGACGGGCAACGCGUGUCCGAAUGGCCGCGAUCGUUGAUCGUCGACGGAAUUGCACCGAGAAGCAACGCGUGUUUUAGGUUAAACGAGCCUCCCCGUCGUCGGGUGCACAACAAUGCGCGUGAGAAAUUCGCACGGUGAAAGUCUCUCGAACUCGCGAUCGGAAUUCGGACUCGAAGGUCGCGUUUUCCACGCUCGCGCAUCCUCCUCCCUCUUUUGAGCGACUUUUCCCCCCCAGUUUUCCGUUUUUUGUUCGAUCGUGUGCCCGUGAACGACGGAAAAAAGGGACAAUAAGAUGUCGAUCGUCGGACCGAGCUACCCGACGAACAUAAACAGACUCGGAAUGGAAACCUAACUGCUACCGUGUCUGCUCUCUCUCUCUCUCCGUCAAAAAAGAGUGCUAGAAUAAUUAAAGAUGGCGGAGGAUGAGGGAACCGAAUGGCUGCAGGAGCUGUUGCACGACGUUCAGCUCUCGCAGUUCUUCACAAGAAUACGAGACGACUUGCAGGUGACUAGAUUGCAUCAUUUCGAUUACGUGCAACCGGAGGAUCUCGAGAAGAUAGGUUUAGGGAAGCCAGGUAUCAGACGUUUGCUGGACGCCGUUAAGAAGAAGAGAAACACGCAAUGGAAGAAGAGCUUGAUCACUAAGAUCAGACCUGGCGGUAGCACGAAGAGCAACAAGAGGUCUUCGCAACCUGUCGAAGGUUCCACGGUGCUGACAUGCCUGAUUCAAGACAAGGACGUGACGCUGUCCACUAAACUGGGCGAUGGUAGCUUUGGGGUUGUCAGACGCGGGGAAUGGACGUCCCCUUCUGGCAGGUCGUUGCCAGUCGCUGUUAAAGUACUGAAAGCGGAUGCUCUGACCCAGCCAAGCGUUAUAGAGGACUUUGUGUCUGAGGUUCAAGCGAUGCACACCCUGGAUCAUCAUAAUCUUAUCAGAUUAUACGGUGUAGUGUUGUCGCAACCAAUGAUGAUGGUGACAGAACUCGCACCUCUCGGGGCCUUAUUAGACUAUCUAAGAAAGCAGUGUGGUCGGAUUUCAAUAUUGACUCUCUGCAACUACGCCCUGCAGGUUGCCACGGGGAUGGCGUACUUGGAAGCGAAACGUUUCUUGCACCGUGACUUGGCCUGCAGGAACGUUCUUCUGAGCACAGUGGACAAAGUGAAAAUUGGUGAUUUUGGCCUAAUGAGGGCGUUGCCUCAACAAGAAGACUGUUACGUAAUGACAGAGCACAAGAAGGUACCGUUUCCCUGGUGCGCGCCAGAGUCGUUGAAGGCGCGUCAGUUUAGCCACGCGUCCGACGUUUGGAUGUUCGGGGUCACCUUGUGGGAAAUGCUCACGUUCGGCGAGGAGCCCUGGGUCGGUCUGAACGGUUCAGAAAUCUUGAGAAAGAUCGACAGAGAGGGGGAGCGGUUACACGAGCCGGAAGCAAUGCCACCGGUGAUGUACCAACUGAUGUUGCGUUGUUGGGCUCGUGAACCCACGGAAAGACCCACAUUCGCCACUCUGCGAACGUCUCUUACAGGAAUGGUUCCGACCGUGAUGAAAGCCGUGAACCAUUUUGAAGAAGCGGACAAAAUGAACAUCGAACAAAACGAUCAGAUAGUUAUCUUGGAUGGUCGACCUGAGAACUACUGGUGGAAGGGGCAAAACCAACGAACUUUCCAAAUAGGGUUCUUCCCCAGGUGCUUGGUCGACCCUAUGAGACGGAAGCAACCGGAAGACAUCAGCAAACCGUUAGAAAACUCCUUCAUCCAUACUGGCCACGGUGCACCGUUCGGUAAAAGCUGGGGCAGCCCCAUUUACAUAGACGACGUCUAUCUGCGAAACCCUAUGGAGCCUCCAGAUGUGGUGGGAGUCGCAACCGCUCCGGACAGUCACCUGAAAAAGAAAUUCUUCUAUGGAAUACCACGGUCGCCUACUAGCAGCAGCCAGGAAGGUAGCCUGAUAGACCUGUCCCCGGAGGAAAUAAUCAACACGAACAUCGCUCAAUCGGAGACGGCUUGUCGACGGGUCGUGAACAUCCUGGACGAGCCUAUCGACGACAUGGAGCGACAGCAGCCAGCUAACUGGCAGGACGACGACCCUAGAACGUACGCCAAUUUCCCUGGGAACGUAGACCCCGCCUACUCGGAUCCCUUCGACACGUCGUCGGUGUUCAUGAAGCUUCCCCACUCGAGGUAUUACAGCCAGGUUCCAUCAGACAUGAGCAGUCGGUAUUUGAAGACCCAGACGUACGGGAACAUGCAGAACCAGGACGCAGGUAGCAGUCAAGAGAGUACAAAUUACUUCGCGACGGAGCCCGGACCGGAUAUGAAUCACUAUUCUAUAAACUUGAGCAAGGAGAGCAGAAACGACAGUAUUAAUUUGAACGUGGACUCGGAGGAGAGCAACGCGUACGCUCAGAAUCACUACAGCGAGAUCGACAAGCCUAGUCCACCCAUGACGAGUUGGUCGAACUGGCCGGAGGAUCUGCAGAACGACGCUCAGACGUACGCGAACGUCUCUGGUCGAAACUUGCAGAGCUCAGACGCCCCGCCUCCGCCGCCCAUCGCUCCGAACGAGAGUCCAUCGAAACCGAAAUCGAACCACGACCUUGCUCAAAGCUUGAGCGAAUUGAGCAUAGGUACACGUACCGUUUCACCCAAGAAAUUGGACCCUGCUUUCCUGGCGGAGCUGGAGAAGCACUUGGGGGAGAAAGAGGCGAGCAAGAACAUGAACGCCAGCCAAGAGAAUCCAGGGUCUUCCGAUUCCUAUUCGUCCGUGAACAAGCUGCAGGAGAACACGAUCCCGGUACUGAGACCACCGCCUCAAUCUGCCAAGCCAAAGUCUCCGCAGACGGAUCACAGGUCCAGCAAUCUGCCCAGCAAGGUGCAGAACUCCUGGCAGUCGAAGACCACCAACAUACAGCAAUCGCCGCGCCUGCUGGAGACUGCGACCGAUCAGAUGAUGGUCCAGAUCUGGCAGCAGUCGCAGGCGUCCCAGCAGAACGCUUACACCAACGAGAACGUCAACAGAGCGCCCAGCAACACCCACAUGCACCUGAACCUGCUGCAAAUUGCGCCUAGCAAUCUUGGGAGCCAGUCAAAUGUCUCUAAAACGAACAUCAAUCACGCGCACAACUCGACUGCUGGCCAAGCUAGCAACUUCCAGAGCCCUGUCCUGCCCACAGCGAGCCACGGGAUAACUCAGAUACAAAAUGACCUCCAACCGACGCACUCCAGCGUCUCAUCCAAACCCGCCAACGUAGUGUUCUCCGAGCAAGUGUACGCGGAGCUGAAGCAAACGGUGCCCAACCUGGACCAGCUGUCGCAGAACGAGUUCAACACCCUGUACAACAAGACCGUCCAGCAGAACAUCCUCAGAAACUACUACGCCGCUAGCACGUCAACUGCCACUGACUCGAGCAAUCUAAGUCAUAGUCACUAUCCUGAGGGAACUGCUGGCGGUUCGCAGCAGCAGGCUCGUGCUGCUCAAACGAGGAACUUCUCAGCGCAGGGUCAUCCCUGUGACUUCAGUUCUCACUUGAAGCAGCCGCCUGUGUACAAUCCGCCACCUCCCGCUGCUUGGAGCCCCAUGAAGUCUGUCCAGAACGGCCUGGUGCAGAGCCAGGUGCCCGCGACGAAGUCCAAUCUGUCGAGCAAUGGCUCCAAUCUGCUGCAACUAGCUCACGUGUCUCAGGAGGGUAUCAUGAUACCCCAGGCCCCCUCGUUGCGCGCUGUGCCUCCUCAGAUGAACGAGACGGUCGUCAAUACUCAAUUAGCUCCCUCUGCGUCUGCGUAUCCCUCUGGGGUCAGCCCCCCGUUGACAGCCGCCUCCCAGCAGCUGGUCAUGUCCCUAAACGACGAGUUUCGCGCCAACAAAGUGAUGAAGGUGCAGAGGGAGGCUGGCGACGCGUCGCAACAGGAGAUACUGACCGCGUUGCAGGCGACCGGCUGGGACACCAAUCAGGCUGCCAAGCAGAUCCUGAAGGACAGACAGGCCAAGAUCGAGUCCCUUGUAAGAUUGGGCUUGGCGAACAGACAAGAAUGCGAGGGUGCUUUGAAGCAGACUGAGUACGACGUGGACCUAGCGGCUUCCCUGCUGUUGGAUCAAGUCAGAUGAAGGCGUGGAAAUAGUGUCGGGGGCGUCGCUGGAAAUAUUGUGAAAUAACUAUAGCGAUAUACGUGUAGGUGUAUAUUUAUAAACACUAACACGCGUAAACGAGGCUACGGGCUACGACUACGUCAAAAGGUCUCAAAAGGACAGGAAUUUUGUUAACCAAAUUGUUAGACGACAAUAAUUUCUUUCAUUUCUUCUGGACCUUCGAUUUUCAUUUUUGUCGACUUGUAACAGUUUAUUGGUUAGAAGAGACAAAAAAGAGUUUCUGGAAAGGAACAGGAAUUUUGUUAGCCAAAUUGUUGAACAAUAAUUUCUUUCAUUUUUUCUGGACCUUCGAUUUUCAUUUUUGUCGACUUGUAACAGUUUAUUGGUUAGAAGAGACAAAAAAGAGUUUCUGGAAAGGAACAGGAAUUUUGUUAGCCAAAUUGUUGAACAAUAAUUUCUUUCAUUUUUUCUGGACCUUCGAUUUUCAUUUUUGUCGACUUGUAACAGUUUAUUGGUUGGAAGAGACGAAAAAGAAGUUUCUAGAAAGGAAACGUUGCAUUCCAAAAAGCAUAAUCCGGGCGAGCUUCCGUAGCGAAUCGUUUUACGAAAUUAUCUCGACAGUUGGUAUUAUUUUUUUUAAGACUCAAUAUACUCUGUAAUUGCUAUUUACUUUAGCCGUUUUAUCCGACGAUUUGAACGCUAAAAAUCGAUGUCACUUCGAAGUGUCGAGUGAACGGACGACGUCUUCCCGAGGAACGAUUUUGAGGUUAAGGAACCUGCUGUCGCGAAUUAGAAUAAUUCGCGUGUACCCCGUUACGUGGCAAAUGUAUUUCUGCCUAAUAUCUGGAACCUGAUGCGCUUCGCGUCGAUAAUUACCGCGUUUAAUAAGCCCUGCGUGACCGGAAGUGAAACGGAUCACCGAGGUUCCAGCAGGCUUCGCUCGGCUCUCUUGGAAUCCAUUGUAAAAGCGAAAACUCUUCUCCGAUUGCGGGCUUGAGAGCGUUUCAUGCAUAUUCAUGAUAGUAUUUCUGUGAAAGUCAGACGACUGAAUUUUAUAGGGAAACGUGAGGAAGGACUAGUCCAUCGUUAGAUUUUAAUUGCCUGUAUUAUACUCGAAAACGAAAGUUCCAUAAAAAAAAAAUGAGCACAGCAUGCCAAAAGUUUUCGACGUGAGAACUUCAGGUUCGGCGCUGAUACUCGAAGCCACAGUUUUUUAAGUAUUCUAGUUUCUUUUUUUUUUUUUAAUCGUUAUGCUAGGGAUAUUUUAUCCUUGAAAAGUGAAAAUAAAAUCAACUUUUUGCAGGUUUCGGACGAGAAUAAGAAUUAAAAUCGGUGGCUGCGAGUAGAAGCGGAUUUGGGCGACGAUAAAAUGGCGGAACAAGCGAAAAGAGAACAUUGAGAAGAUUGCGUUUUUUUUUUGGGGGAGGAAAAAAAUGUUGAAUUUGUAACUGUGAUAUGCGUUACUAAAGGCUCUAGGCGGUACUGUUCAGAGACAGAGAAAGGACUCUCGUUUUCUCUGUUUACUUUUUUAGGGAUAAGAGUAGACUGUAUUUACAUAAUACCAUGAGUGUACAUAGCCGUUUAGCGACUAAGUUUUAAGCUGUAAUUGAAGUGUGCGCAGAAAGGGAAUCCAUAGAAAGUUCGAUCUUGCAAUCUGUAUAAAAUUAAAAUCCAGAAAAAAGUUGAGAAAAAAUGGCCGAUCGAAUCUGGACAUUUUAUAGCAGAAUUCAAAAGGAGAGCGAACUAGCAUGAUAGGAAAAGGUCGUUACGCACAUUCUUGAUUUAACAAUUGUGUUCUAAGUUUCUUACUAGCUUUAACGUAAACAGUUUCUCUAAGUUGUACAAUGAAAAUAGGAAACGUGGUCGUCGAUGAAAAAUUAUGUCCCUAUUUUUUAAGAUACGAAAGACACUAUUUUUUAAACUGUUUUUGAACCGGGGGAAGAGGGACAAAAGGAGAAAAUAUAUGGACGCUGACAAUGUUUCCCGUUUCCAUUCCAUUUUCUGUUUUUUUUUUUUUUUUUAUUUCGUUGCUCCGAUAAACCAGAAAACAAUUAACCCGCGCAGUGUGCAUGGAAAAAAAAGUGGGCGCGCAACUCCCAUUGCGCAACGCGUGCGGCAUGGAAAACGGAAAGUUGAGUUAGUCUGUGCUCCGAUGCACCGUGUAACAAGCAAAACGAAGCGAACGAGAGCCUCGUUCGCUGUCGAUUGGCUCUCUAAACUUUUAGCCUUAAUUUAUUCGCUGGAAUUCAGACUAUUUCUUAAUCAUUUUCCCUUUAAGUUCCGAGACACUCGGGACGACGGUGCGUAUAAUCCUGACUGCCGUCGUGAACCGAGACAAUGUUCGAUGUUCGCAAAUAAAACACGCGUAAAGUACGAGA